AUGGCUCUUUCCAGUAUCCUGACAGAAGCUGAAAUUGCUGCUGGUCUACAGAGCUGUCAAGCUGCUGAUUCAUUUGAUUACAAAACCUUUUUUGUCAAAGUGGGUCUCAACUCCAAGUCCAAAGACCAAGUUGCCAAAGUCUUCGGAAUUCUAGACCAGGACAGGAGUGGCUUUAUUGAGGAAGAGGAACUGAAACUUUUCCUGAAGAAUUUCUCAGCCAGUGCCAGAGCUUUGACUGAUGCUGAGACCAAGGCAUUCCUGGCAGCAGGGGACAGCGAUGGAGAUGGCAAAAUUGGAGUGGAUGAGUUUCAAGCACUGGUCAAAUCAUAACCAGCAGUCAAAUAAAGACCAAGACAUAUAUUUGCCAUAAACAAUCUUUCCUAUUGCAAACCUACCAUUUAUUUACACAUUUUGCACCCUGAAAGGUCAUGAACAAUUGUUGGCAAGUGGUUUCAUAUUGCUGGAAAACAUCUGAAGUGGUACAAGCACUACUUAAGCCAAGCUGUCAGAUGUUUUAAGCAGAAGGUCUAUGCCACUAAUGGACUGAACUGGAAUCCACUCCUCACAUCUGAAUUUAGGGCAUUAAACAUAUAAGCAUAAAUAUUAAGAGGAGAAAUUGAAAGCAUCUC